AGCAUUAAGUAAAUAAAAUAGAAAAAUAGUACUAAAACAUUCAUAAGCUUCUACAGUUUAGGGUUUAGAGGCAAAACCAUUUCUUUGGGGCAGAGAAAAAAUGUCGAAGAAGAACAAUCUCGCUCGUAGGAAAAAACAGCAUGAAUUCGAUCUCCGAAGGGAGAAACAAGAAAGAGAAACGCAGAAAAAGAAGCUUCAAGCAAAGAAGAAUAAGAUGAAAGUUGAUGGAGGUGUUGACAAGCAAAAGAAGGGUGGACGUCGGUUCCAAGUAGGUAAGAGGAAAGUAAAGACCAAGUUGACAGCAUUGGCAAAAGCUAAGGCUGUACAGGCCAUGGAGGUUGAUAAUUGAGGUUUUUCGAAUACUUUAUGUGUAUGAUGCAGCAUUGUUAGGAAAUGAAGAAGAAACGAUUGGAAAUUUCCUAUAUGAGUAGUAACAUGUAUGAGAUAUCUUUAAUAUGUUAAUCACCAAACCAUUUUGUUAUGGUCAAUUCUUGUCAGAACUGAUUCUAAUUACCGACCUUUUUUUUUUUUUAGGAACUCUUACCAUACUGUAGUUUAAUGGUUAAUCUGUUUUAUUUUUCAUUGUUCUAUCUUCCAAAGCAUGUUCUGAGUAAUAAUAGACUUUAUUAGCGAA